AGCUGAGGACAUCUAUAAUAUCUAUAGAAGAGAGUUUAUCCAGCACAGCUCAUUCUGGAGUAAGUGGAGACAUAAGAUUAUUAUAUAAGCUUUUAUAGGACAUUUUUGAGGUCAUUUUUCAUCUUAAGAAGAUCCCAGUCGGGAGGACACUUGAAAGAAGAUGCCGGAGAUCGAGAGUUGUGAGCCGUGAUGAGCGCAGCGCAUGCCGAGGCCGACGCGCGCUUCCUCCAGGGCCUUUGGGAGUCCGUGAGAUCCGGUCAGGAGGACAUCCUGCUGUCUCCUUACCUGCCGGCGUCCUUCGCCUUCUUGACUCACGUGUUGCUCUGCGCACCUUUCCUCGCGCUGGACGCGCUGGGCAGCGUCAGUCCGCGGGUCCGCUCGUGGAGGAUCGCUGCCGGUUCGGGUCCGCCGCCGUCUCUCCGCCGCUGGUUCGACUGUUUCCUGAGGGUGCUGUACCAAUACCUCACCGCGGUGCUGCCGGCCACCGCGCUCUUCCACACGCUCCGGAGCCCCGCGCUGCCGCAGCUGGCUCCGUCCUGCUGGCAGCUCUUCGUGGAGGUCUUCGCGUGUUUGCUGCUUUUUGACACGUUCUUCUUUAUAUGGCACGUGUCCAUGCACAGGGUUCCCUGGCUCUACCGUAACACCCACCGGCAGCACCACCAGCACCACUACCCCUUCGCCCUGGCCGCUCAGGACAGCAGCUCUCUGGAGCUGCUCUCUCUGCUGCUGCUGGCUAUGAGCAGCACCUGGGUGGUGGGCUGCCACCCUCUGAGCGAAGUCUCCUUCCACCUCGUCAACAGCUGGCUGGCGGUGGAGGACCACUGUGGCUACGAACUGCCCUGGGCUCUGCACAGACAGCUGCCCUGUCUGGGAGGAGCCCCCUACCACCAAGCCCACCAUAUCCUCCACAGUGUCAACUAUGCCCCCUACUUCAUUCACUGGGAUGUCCUCUUUGGCACUUACCGGGGACCCGUGGAGCGUUCCCAUCCAGUCUGUAUCAAACAGGAUUGCUCAAGUUCCAGCAAAGCUGCCAAGAGGCAAUAAAGGAUAUUUUCGAAAGAUUUCGAUCGCUGCCGGUCAGCUUUACAUAUUUCAUGGGAAUAUUUCAUCCCACGGUUUACAGCCAACCAGCCGUGGCCUUUUCAGUCACAUGUCCGAGAUGUUGAGUUGUGGACACAAAAUGACAUUUCGAUACAAAUCUGUAUAACUCAUGGACAAACAUCUGGUUGAAGUAGAGUAUUCACAAUGUGAAGCGUUCAUAUUUGCAGCUGUUCGAUAUCAAGUAAAUGCAGUGUGGGAUGAGAAGGCAGAGAUGACGCCAUAAAUCCAGACAAUGAAAGAAUACACACACGUAAGUGGCGUGGCCUCGCCUCAUGGGAACGAACGUUUUUGGAUGGAUUCAUGCUUUCGUGUUAUGCAGACAUAAGGCAGAUAGUGCAUUUAAUACAGUUUAUUUUUAGUCACUGCAGAUCAGAUGUGUUGUUUAAGAGAAUCAUAAAUAUGAGUAACUGUUGGCUGACAUUCACUCACACCAGGUCCCUUUGCAAGAUGCCUAAAAGAAAGAGAAGCUAGAUGCAACUCCAGUUGGUUUACGGUACAGGGGAAAGCUGCAGCCAGUCAGCUUAGUUUAACUACGAGACGUGAUCAAUACCCACUGUACAGUAUAUAUCAUUCUGUGUGACUUCCUAUCUGGAGUGAUCCCCAGACUCCUUCAGACUGUAUAACUGUGCCUCUUCUUGCAAGAAUAAAUUAAUUCAUACACUG